GAUAUAUUAAGUGGACAAUCUUUUUUUUGGUCGUUUCCACGCUUUGCAGUUACCUAUAGUAGAAACGUUGCCUACCAACCACUCAAAUAGGGGUUCAGUAUGAUCGAAAAACAAAAGAUUGUGGCAGCUAGCACGUCAGAUCAGUUCAUAAAUACUGCCUUACAAAUAAUCCAGUCAUUAGACUGCCAGUACUGGAAAGGAUGGAAUCGUUUCUGCAUUCAAGAAUGUGGAUGACGAAGAUGGAUUUUCAAUGACCAAUGUAAAGAGAAUGGAUGUGAUCAAGGAUAUGGAAUACAUUCAUAUCUAUUUUCCUUCUGCUUUCAAUUAUUGCAACGCAUUAUAUGCUUAUCUUCAUAUGUAUCAAUCUUUCAGAAGAGUUGCUUGCAAAUGUUUAUCACACAAAUCAAGCAAAUUUUGUCAUUUUUAGGAGUGUGUGAUGGCCCA